AUGGCCGACGAGAUCGCCAAGGAGUACGAUGUCAUUGUGCUGGGCACUGGCUUGACCGAGUGUAUCCUUUCGGGUGUUCUCAGUGUCAAGGGAAAGAAGGUCCUCCAUAUCGACCGCAACGACCACUACGGCGGUGAGGCGGCGUCCGUUAACCUCGAGACGCUCUUCAAGAAGUAUGGCAACUAUGCCGCGGGCACCGAGCCUUGGAAGCAAUACGGUCGCCCCAACGACUGGAACAUCGACCUUGUUCCCAAGUUCCUCAUGUCCUCUGGCGAGCUCACCAACAUUCUCGUUUCCACCGACGUCACCCGUUACCUCGAGUUCAAGCAGGUUGCCGGCAGCUACGUACAACAGGGUACUGGCUCCAAGGCCACCAUCGCCAAGGUCCCCUCAGAUGCCGCCGAGGCGUUGCGCUCGCCCCUUAUGGGCAUCUUCGAGAAGCGCCGCAUGAAGAGCUUCAUCGAGUGGGUUGGCGAGUUCGACCCCAAGAACUCGGCCACACACAAGGGCCUCGACAUGAACACCUGCACCAUGAAGGAGGUCUUUGACAAGUUCAGCCUCGAGACCGGCACCAAGGACUUCACCAUCGAGCGCAUCCGCCUCUACGGCCAGUCCGUCGCCCGCUACGGCAAAUCCCCAUACAUCUACCCUCUCUACGGCCUCGGCGAGCUUCCUCAGGGUUUCGCCCGUCUCUCCGCCAUCUACGGCGGUACUUACAUGCUCAACACCAACGUCGACGAGCUCGUGUACGAGAACGGCAAGGCUGUCGGCAUCAAGGCCACCAUGACUGGUGUCGAGCCCGAGAUGAAGUUCGAGACCCGUGCCAAGAUGAUCCUCGGCGACCCCAGCUACUUCCCCGACAAGGUCAAGGUUGUCGGCCACGUCCUCCGCGCCAUCUGCAUCCUCAAGCACCCGCUUGCUAGCACCAACGAUGCCGACUCGUGCCAGUUGAUCAUUCCCCAGUCGCAGGUUGGCCGCAAGAACGAUAUCUACAUCGCUUGCGUCUCCUCCGCGCACAACGUCUGCCCCAAGGGCUACUGGAUUGCCAUCGUCUCGACCAUUGCCGAGACCUCUGCGAACCACCACCUCGAGCUCGCCCCUGGUAUCGAGCGCCUCGGCAAGAUCGAGGAGCAGUUCAUGGGUCCCCCCAUUCCUCUCUACGAGCCCCUCGAGGACGGCCGCAACGACAACAUCUUCAUCUCCAAGAGCUACGACGCCACCAGCCACUUCGAGACCUCGACAGAGGACGUCAAGGACAUUUACCGCAGGUGCGCGGGUGAGGAGCUUGUUGUUGAGGGUCUUAGGGAGGGUAUCCAGAUGUCGCAGGAGUAA